GAUUGCAUCACACUGGAGAAGUGUGAUGUUAUAAGAGAAGACGAGCAAACGGGCACAGGAUGGCACUAUGUCUGCCUCUCUGCCUGCUGACAUGAGAGGCCCCCGGGCGAAGACCCCUCUGCUGCUGCUGCUGCUGCUGCUGGCCGCUCUGACUGGGACAGUGUUGUGUCAGGAUGAAGAACAAGCACCCGAAGAACCCGAAGAUUCCAAUGUCAGUCCAACAGAAGUGGAGCUGGAGGCAUCUAGUCCCACUCCAGCACCAGAGGCUUCAAACACAUUAGCCACAGGUGACGAGAUCACAAGCGACUAUGGCUCCGGCCUGCACCAGAGCUCUACAGAAAACCCUUUAAUAUCGGACCCAGAGUUUGACCACGGCGCAGAGACAACAGAGGACCCCGCCACCACCGCAGAGACCGAAGGAGACGGCCUGUUCCUCCUCAUCAUCCUCAUUCCCGCCGUGCUGGUGGUCGCGAUCAUCGGCACCAUCGUCUGCGGCAUUUUCAUCUGCCGAAGGAGGAACAGGAGCUCGAAAACGGAAGAGCUGAGACAGGAGGAUCCAUACUUGGAUGGAUCCAGCACAGAUAAGGUGCCAAUGCCCAUGUUUGAAGAAGACGUUCCGUCUGUGCUGGAGCUGGAAAUGGAGGAGUUGGACCAGUGGAUGAAAAAAGACAGUGAAACUGCAGAGUCCUCCUAGUCUAAAUAUGCGCUAACAAAGGACGAGGUCCCGGUAUGCGAGGACACAAUCAGCAGCGCGCCGGUGCCGACUCGGAUGCUCUGACCCUUCUGCAACCAUCCGGCAGCUGCAGGAACGCGGGCUGCCAGGAAAUGCAUCACGACACUUACUGUAAAGGACGCUUGCGUGCAUCCUGUACCUGCUGAACGUCCUCAGUGUGGAGCGACGAUGCCUGAACGCCUGGAAUAGUUUGCUUUGCAUUGAUUGUAUUUAAGUGUAACCUGUAACGAGCGUGUGGUCCUUUUAGAGUGCGCCCUCCUCCACCGCUGCUUCCGCUGCCCAUCGGCUCAAAGCCUGUUUGUUGUGUUGGGCUGUGGGAGCAGAUGCUGGUUUCAGACAGAGACACUCCUUCGAGCCGGUUACGGCUGUUUGACGUCUAAUCCGAGUGUGAAAUCGUGUGUUCCAGCUUCCAGAAGUUCCUGCUGAUACGUUUUUCAUCCCACCAAAGAUACUAACGCUACUUUAUUCAAAUUGUUGCUGCUUUAAUAACAAUGAUCUGAAUGUCAGCACAACAUUCUGUAGGGUGCUGCACUGUAAAUACAGAAUAAGAAAAAGAUUAUA